CAUAUGCCUUCUUUUACCGGGCGACUAUUUAGUUCUCCACUCUCCUAGCAUUGGUAAUCAACUUUACAUCCUCCCUUCCUUGUCGUCGCCCACCAUGAGUACUUCGGGCCUUCAGCUGGAAACUAAUCUUCCUCAGGACCAGCCCCAUCGAGAUGAUUCUGGACCCUCAACUCCAUCCCGUGUUCCAGUUAAUUUUUUCGACCCAGUUGGUGUCGGUGAACUUAGGCGUACAAUGACAUCACGUUCCAUUGCGGACCCUGCUUCACCUAAGCAGACCGACGCUCGCAGCUCAUCCUCUUCGGCUUCCGAUCAGGCUGGUGCUGAUGAUAGUUUCGAUUUCGAACAGACCCUUAAAAACCUUGUCAGACGUCGUGGCGAGCACUCCAUUAAGAGUCGCGAGCUUGGUGUUAUGUUCAAUGAUCUCCGUGUCGUAGGUGUCGGCGCACGUGCAUCUUUGCAGCCUACUAUCGGAUCUUUGUUUAAUCCCGCCGCCAUUCUGAGAAACAUUUCUGCAAUGCGCAAUCCACCUAUUAGGGAUAUUCUCUCAGGAUUUGAGGGAGUCGUUAUGCCUGGUGAAAUGCUCCUGGUUCUUGGACGACCUGGUUCGGGUUGCAGCACGUUCCUUAAGACCAUCACAAACCAGCGAAGCGAGUACCAUGCUGUGGAAGGCGAAGUUUGCUACGACUCGUUCACUCCCGAAGACAUUACAAGACAGUAUCGUGGAGAUGUGAUUUACUGUCCUGAGGAUGAUAUUCACUUCCCGACCCUCACCGUUGAACAAACCUUAUCUUUUGCCAUCAAAAUGCGUACUCCACAUGUCCGUUUCGCCGACCAAUCCCGCGAACAAUUCAAUCAUGAGGUGGUUGAUAUCCUCGUUCGCAUCUUCGGUCUUCGUCAUGCCCGAAACACUGUUGUCGGCGACGCAGCAAUUCGCGGCGUUUCAGGAGGUGAAAAGAAGCGUGUUUCGAUCGCAGAGGCGCUUUCCUGCCGCGCUCUAAUCAGCGCGUGGGACAACUCCACGCGCGGUCUCGACGCGUCCACAGCUCUUGAGUUUGUUCAGGCGCUACGUAUUGGCACUGAUAUAGCUCGUGUUACCACCAUCGUUUCUAUUUAUCAAGCAGGAGAACAACUCUACAACCUCUUCGACAAAGUUUGCGUGAUUACAGAGGGCAAGAUGGCGUACUUUGGCCCGGCUAAGAGGGCGCGUCAGUAUUUCAUCGAUAUGGGCUACGAGCCGCAAGAUAGGCAGACCACUGCUGAUUUCCUCGUGGCCGUGACCAACCCAAGCGGGCGCAAGAUCCGUGACGGUUUUGAAGGCAAAAUUCCCGGAACGUCAGAGGAGAUGGCCGCUGCAUUCCUCACUUCUCCCCUUGGUCAAGUUAACCGUGACGCCGUUGAGAACUACCGCUCCCAGUAUGUGGGGAAGCCCGAGCGUGUGGAUGCAUACAAGCAGAGUGCCGGGAUGGAGCACGCCAAAACGGCCCCCAAGAGACACUCGUACACGAUCUCUAUUCCUAUGCAGAUCAGGGCCGUCAUGGUUCGCCGCGUGCAGAUCAUCAAAGGAGACUUGGGCGCUGUAGUCGUCAACCUUGUCGUGCAAAUCUUUCAGGCUAUUAUCAUGGGUACUGUGUUCUUGAAACUGCCCGAUGCAACUUCUGGUUACUUUUCUCGUGGCGGUGUCCUGUUCUUCGCUAUCUUCUUUGGAGCUAUAGCUUCGAUGGCAGAAAUUCCGGCUCUUUUCGCUCAGCGUCCGAUCGUGCUCCGCCACCACAAGGCAGCAAUGUACUACCCGUUCAUUGAAAGCCUCGCGCACACAGUGGUCGAUAUUCCGAUCACAUUCGCCGUUCAAGCUGUCUUCGCAAUUAUUUUAUAUUUCCUGGUCGGCCUCCAGAGAACGGCAUCCCAGUUCUUCAUUUUCUUCCUAUUCAUAUUUUCUAUAACGAUAACUAUGAAGGCAUUCUUUAGAAUGGUAUCUGCGUGCUUUAAGGCCGAAUCUGGGGCUACCUCUAUUGCUGGUGUCGUGGUUGUGGUGGUGUCGCUUUUCACUGGUUAUACCAUUCCAAAGCCCGACAUCCCUGGUGCUCUCCGCUGGAUCAUGUAUAUCAACCCCAUGCGCUAUGGUUUCGAGGCUUUAUUGAUGAAUGAGUUUCACACUCUGAACGGCACUUGCUCUACGCUCAUCCCGUCAGGUCCCCUGUAUCAGAAUGUUUCAUUGGCUAACCAGGUGUGCUCUACGGUCGGUGCUCAGCCUGGUCAGGACUAUGUCGAUGGCAACCUCUUCGCGAAUUUGUCCUAUGACUACUAUUACAGUAAUCUAUGGAAGGAUUUCGGUAUUGUCUGUGUCUUCCUUGUUGGUUUCCUCGUCAUCUUGUUCAUUGCAACCGAAUUCAACACCGCUUCUGCAUUCGAUACGGCUGUUACGCUUUUCAAGCAGGGUACGCGCGCUGCUAAGGCUGUUGAUGAGCCCAACGACGAGGAGAAAGGCGCUCACCCUGAGCCAGCUGGACCCGUGAGCACAGACGCCAGUCCUGCAGACCUCGAGAAGCCUUCGGCGAUGGACAUCUUUACUUGGAGGCACUUGGAAUACACGGUUCCUAUCUCAGGAGGAGAGCACCGCCGCCUCUUGGACGAUGUUUCUGGUUAUGUUGCUCCUGGAAAACUGACUGCCCUCAUGGGUGAAUCGGGUGCCGGAAAGACUACACUGCUUAAUGUGUUGGCGCAGCGUGUCGAUGUCGGUGUCGUGACUGGUGAUCGUUUGGUCAGUGGUCAGCCACUCCCUGCGGACUUCCAGGCACAGACUGGCUACUGCCAGCAGAUGGAUACGCACCUCCCUGAGUCCACCGUCCGAGAGGCUCUGUUGUUUUCUGCGCACCUUCGCCAGCCCGCGAAUGUUCCUACGGCCGAAUUGGAAGCAUACGUCGACAAAUGUCUCGCCAUGUGCGGCCUCGAGGAUUAUGCUGAUGCCGUCGUCGGGUCUUUGGGCGUCGAGCACCGCAAACGCACGACUAUUGGCGUCGAGCUCGCUGCCAAGCCCAAGCUUCUCCUAUUCUUGGACGAGCCUACCUCUGGUCUUGAUUCUCAGUCCGCCUGGGCCAUCAUGAAGUUCCUUCGUGAUCUUGCCAACAACGGCCAGGCCAUCCUCUGCACGAUUCAUCAACCUUCUGCAGAGUUGUUCCAGGUUUUUGACCGUCUCUUGCUCCUCAAGAAGGGUGGCCAGACUGUCUACUUCGGUAACAUUGGCGAAGGGUCUUCUACCAUGCUUGAGUACUUCCAGCGCAAUGGUGCCCCUCGAUGUGAAUCUGACGCUAACCCGGCUGAGUACAUGCUCGAUGUCAUUGGCGCAGGUGCAACGGCAUCGUCCACCGUUGACUGGCACACCAUCUGGAAGAAUUCAUCAGAGGCUGCUACACUCCAAGAGGAUAUUGAGAACAUCCACAAUGAAAGUCGCUCUCGCCCCGUCAUACAGGCACAGCGGCCCACCGAGUUCGCGACAUCGUGGGGUCACCAGGUCCUAGCCCUUACCCAGCGUAACUUCCAGGCCUACUGGCGCAAUCCAACCUACCUCAUGGCCAAGUUUGGGCUUUGCAUCGCUGGCGGUUUACUCAUUGGUUUUACGUUCUUUAAGACCAGCGAUUCACUUCAGGGUACCCAGAACAAGCUCUUUGCGAUCUUUUUGGCCUCGGUGCUUUGUGUCCCCCUCGCGCAGCAGAUCCAGACGAUGUAUAUCAGCAUUCGGACUAUCUAUGAGAUUCGGGAGCGCCCAAGCAGGAUGUACAGCUGGACUGCUCUCAUCGUUAGCCAGAUUCUGGUCGAGCUUCCAUGGAGCAUCAUGUGCUCGUCUCUCUUCUUUUUCUGCUGGUAUUGGACUGUCGGGUUCGCCAGCGAUCGCGCGGGAUACACGUACCUUAUGUACUGCGUCGUCUUCCCCUUAUACUACACAACGAUCGCGCAGGCUGUCGCUUCCAUGGCUCCAAAUGCUGUGAUCGCAUCGCUGCUGUUCAGUGCGCUGUUCUCGUUUGUUCUUAUCUUCAACGGUGUCUUGCAACCGUACCGUGCACUCAAUUGGUGGCGAUGGAUGUACCGAGUCUCCCCAUUCACCUACUUCAUAGAGGGUAUGCUUGGUCAAGCCAUUGGUGGCGCUAACAUUAACUGCGAUCAGUAUGAGUUUGUCCCCGUUAUCCCUCCCAGUGGAUCCACUUGCGGCCAGUAUAUGAAACCGUUCAUUUCAUACGCUGGCGGUUACCUCGCUGACGACAACGCCACCUCCACAUGUCUUUUCUGCCCUUACCGUACGACAGACGAAUUUAUGCUCUUCCGCAUUCAACAUCUCGUACUCUCACCGCUGGCGCGAUGUAGGCAUUAUGCUCGGCGUCACUGUUUUCAACGUCUUUGCGAUUUUUAUGUUCACGUACAUCUGCCGCAUCCGCAAGGGCAACCCCCUAGCUGGUUUGCAGCAGCAAGCUUGCUAGUCUUCGGAAGUAAUUCAUGAUACUGAUCUGAACCUAAUGACUUCACACACGAGGCCUCACUUUGCUUACAUGUACACUAGAUUUGUGCUAGAUAGUCUGUUUCCCGCAGGCCUUCACACUAAGUAUCCAUGAUAGUAAUUCGAUACCUGCACUCCGUAACCGUUUACCAAUGAUUCCUGUAGGGUAACAUCUGAAAUGAAAUGGAUUGUCGCCACUAC